AUGUCUGUACGCGGGGAGCGGAUCGUCUACAGAGAGCGGGACCGGGAGGUGGACCGGGAGACGAGCUACAACGAUGCGCCGAAGCGGACAUAUACGACCGUGAAACGCUACCAGGUUCCAGAUAAGGAAAGCAGCCGGUCCAUCUUACAUCUGGACGACGAGGUGAAGGAGGAUAACAAGCAAAUCGUUAUUCGCAAAGAGCGCCGUGACCCAUCAGCACAAAGAGAAGAUGUGCAGUACCGUGUGACGGAGCGCAUCAGAGAGCGGGAUCUGCCGCCAAGGGAAGAGGUCGACUAUCGCGUUACUGAGCGCAUUAGGGAGUACGACCGCGAACUGCCACCGCAGAGGCGCGACAUACAGUAUCGAGUGCUUGAGCGCGAUAGCGACCGCGACCGAUCAUCUGGCGCCAGGAGUGAGUUCAGGGUGAUUGAGCGCGACAGAGAAGUUCGUGCUCCUUCACCACCUCAAGCCGAGCGCGUUCGAGAGUGGCGCUUCGAAAGGGAGCGAGACUUCUCUCCACCACGUGCGCGGGUUUGGGAGCGCGAACGCGAACGGCCUUUCGACGUGGAGAAGUACAGUAAGAGCACUGAGUACUUCUCGCAGCCCCAACAGAUCAUCAUACGCGAAGCAGCGCCACAGCCGAUCAUCAUCCGCGAAGAACGUCGCGAGCCAAUCAUUAUUCGGGAAGAGCGUCGCGAGCCGCAGUACGAAUUCAUUGAGCGCGAAGAGGUACGCGACGAAUCAAAGUCGUUAGUUUCGAAGAAAGAAGAGCCUCCGCCACCAUCACCUGCACCACCGUCCGAGGCUCCAACGCAGAAGACAAGUCAAACCAAACCAGAAGAAGAAAAUUACUUCUACGAACGCCGUGUACGUCAAAUUGAUCGCGGCCCGCAACGACGCGAUGAUAGUUACGAGCGCAGAAGCGAGGUCAGGCCCCGUGACAGUGCUUCUCAGUACAGCAGCGAUGACAGCUAUGAGUAUGUUCGACGCGAGCGGACAUAUGACGAUGACCGGAGCCGCAGCCGCGAGCGAGAUGAGUCUCCUCACCAUAAAAGGCAUCUAGCUGAGGGCGCUAUUGCUGGCGUUGGCGUGGCUGAAAUUUUACGCCAUCAUCGGAAGUCACAGGGCCAAGCCACUGGAGGGAGAGCUGUGAACGAUCUAGCUGGUGCCGCCAUUGGAGCAAUCGGCGCUGAGGCCGUCAGUCGGGUCAGGAGUAGGCGCCGGAGUUCGCGAGACAGGGACAGGUCUCCCGAGAGCGACUAUGAUAGUAGGUAUGACAGGCGAGACCGACGAAAGCGCUCCCGAUCGCGCUCCAAGUCGUUGAGCCGUGCGCAGCAGCUUGGUGGUCUUGCUGCUGUGGCCGCUGUGGGAGCGCUAGCCGGAUACGCCUUGACUCGAAACAAGAACAAGGAAACUGUUGUGGUUGAACCACCGCACCGCAGCCGCUCGCGGAGACGGAGAGCUAGCGUUGACAGCUACUAUACCGACGACCGAACUGUCUUGUCCGAUGGAGGCGGAAGAGCCAUGGACCCGAACCAUCGCAAUACACGCAUCGCUCAAGCCGGUCUCGCUACCGCGGCUGCAGCAGGCAUAUGGGACCAUGUCCGCUCGAAGAGCCGGGGAGCGUCAGGUCUGGGUGGUGCAGCACUGGCGGGUCUGUAUGAGCGCAACAAGGCGAACAAAGAAGCGGAGAAGGCAGCCAUCAUUGAAGACGAGCGGCACCGCGGCAGGCGCAGGCGAAGCCGGUCGAGGAGUAGGUCCGUUCCCGCACCGUACCCUGACGAUGACCGGAGUGUUGACCACGGGGGUUACAUAGCCUAUGGCAAUGAUCCCAUCUACUCCGAGCCAGGUCGCGGCUACUACAGCGACGAUGAGCCGGGUAGAUAUCAACGGCGCCACCGAGGUGGCAGUGACGACGGCAGCAGCCCGGACACGCGACGGAGGCGCAGUCGGUCACGGCAUCUUGCUGAGACUGGCGCUGCGGCCGGAGCUGCGGCGGUUGCGGCCCAUGAGAUGGGCAAGCGGAGGGAGCGGUCGCGACAGAGAGAUGAACAGCAGAGACACGGACAAGAGGGCUACCAGGAUCAGUAUGGUUACGGCCACGAUCAGGACUACCCCGAUUAUCAUUCGGCACAGCAGCCGGGCGGUUAUCUGCCCGCGGACAACGCGCAACAGUAUCCAAACAGCCAUUACUUCCCGCCGCCGCCGACUGGAGAGUACGCAACUGCCCGUGGUGAGCCAGCAGCGGCUGAACAGAGUCCGUACCCUGCGUACAACCCUGCCGAUUACGCUCAAUCAGGCCCUCAACCGCAUCAACCAUAUGGCCAGCUACACGGCGCUUACAACGAGAGCGACGCGAAUCUUGGCGCACCAUAUCCGAAUGAUACGUUUGCGGGCGAUACGCGCUAUGAUGCGCCGCCCGCGGCCGCUCACCACGAGCGGGGACGAGGCAGAGAACCUCCCGAGAAUGUGAGUGCGCCCACACAAGCAUCCGCCGAGCGUGAACUUCCAGAUGCGGGUACGUUCCAUGUACCCGCAUAUGAGCUUACUGAUGCUACGGGGCAGAGUGCUGAUGCAAAGGUGUCUGCAGAUGGUGUAGAGACGCCCCAACCUGGUCGAUCGCGUAGUCAAAGUCGUGUUCGGUUCAAUCUCGGUGCAAACACGGCUCAUUCACCAGAGGCUGUGCGCAGUUAUGAAAGUCGUCAUACCGAUAGUGAGACGAGCGGAGACCAUAAGCACCGGAGGAGGCGGCGGAAGCAUCGCGAAGAUCAUGCGCGAAAAGGCAACGAGCAUACAGAGUCGCCAAACUUGAUGCAUGACCAAUAUGAGCGGGAGCCGGACCAGGAGUCUGAAGGGACGAUCGAGCUACCCGAUCGCUUCGACGAGCAUGGGAACAGGAAGCCUGUCGAUCCUCUUGCCCAGGGUAUCACUCGGAUCCUUGGUGAAGCCGGCCUUGCGGAUAUACUGGGUAGGUUGACUGGGGGAGGACAGGAUGACGGUGAUGGAAGGAGCGGCAGACGGAGACGUCGUUGA